AUGGAUCUGUCUGCUGCUCUGUUUCUUUGUGUGGGCUGGCUGAUGCUGCAGCUUGCUGAUGGGGAACUGGAUUACAUCACUCAGGGACAGGGGAUGCAGCUGCAGGGUGACUUCUCCCUUGCUGGGCUCUUUCCUCUCCACUACUCAGAUGCACCAAGUCACAAGUCGCCUGCUUUGGGUCAAUGCAAUAAAGGUGAAACCAACAAACACGGGUUUCACCUUUUACAAGCCAUGAGAUUUGCUGUGGAAGAAAUCAACAACAACACCGGACCGCAGCCUCUCUUACCAGGAGUGAAUCUGGGCUACCAGAUGUAUGACAUCUGCUCGGUACCAGCCAGUGUCCUGGGCACAUUGGACCUGCUGGAGCAGCACUAUCAGAGCCCCUCCACAUCUGAGGCAGAGGGAGACAAGAACUACAGAGAAAAGGCAGUGGCUGUGAUUGGACCUGACAGCAGCAGCAAAUCUUUCACCCCCGCUGCUUUACUGGGGGCCUAUCUUAUACCUCAAAUCUCUUUUGAAGCAUCAAAUGAACAGCUGAGCAAUAAGUUCCUCUAUCCAGCAUUUCUCCGCACAAUUCCCAAUGAUAAGAACCAGGUGGCGGCUAUGAUCCAGCUUCUAGUUCGUUUCAACUGGACCUGGAUCGCUCUCUUGGGCAGUGACAAUGAAUAUGGCCUUCAGGGCAUGCAGAGCCUGUCCAAGCGAGCGCCGCACCACGGCAUCUGCAUCGCCUACCAGGGAGUCAUCCCCGCCUACCACCACGACAAAAUCCAGACCAUGAGGAACAUGGUGGAAGGCAUACUGAAGACCAAAGUCAACACCAUUGUGGUCUUCUCCAGCAAGUCAAAACUCAAGAACUUCUUCCCAUUCGUGGUUGAGAGGAACAUGACAGGAAAGGUGUGGAUCGGGACGGAGGACUGGUCAGCGGCUACUAUCAUAUCAGAGAUUCCAGGGAUCCACUCCAUUGGCACUGUAAUCGGCAUAUCUGUCAAAUAUGCAGCCAUACCUGGCUUUGAGGAAUUUGAGAGGAAAGUGUUUGAGGCUGCAGUGCAACAGAAUGACACUCAGGUGGUCUCAAAGAGCUCCAGCAAUGACUGUAUGCAUAGCACAGACCUGUACAGCCUCGCCAGGCACAAGUUUCCUCUGGGGGAUUAUGACAUCACCUCCUCCUUCAAUGUUUAUAAGGCAGUGUACGCUGUGGCUCAUGCUCUGCACCAAGCACUUGAUUGUGAUUCUGGAGAGUGCCAAAGGCGGAGGGUGUACCCAUGGGAGGUGCUCUUUUGGCUUAAAGAGGUGCAAUUCUCUGUAGGCAACACCUCUAUGUACUUCGACGUGAACGGGGACCCUCCUACAGGAUAUGACAUAAUUUCCUGGGUUUGGAAGGGGGCCGCCUGGUCCCUCAAAGUUGUGGGCUCCUUCAGCCCAAAUCCAGUUUCGCUCAUAGUUGAUGCUGAUGAAAUUGAGUGGCACGACUCUGGAAAUGAUACAACAGCAGUGCCGCUCUCCAUCUGCUCUCCACCUUGCCCAACAGGUCACAAGAAGCAGCUGACAGGGCCACACACAUGCUGCUUUGACUGCCAGGAGUGCCCCUCUGCCACGUUUCUCAAUAAGAGUGAACCCACGGCAUGCCAGCCGUGUCUGCCGGAGGAGUGGGCUCCCCCGAGCAGCGAGCAGUGUCUGAACAGGACCGUCCUGCUGCUCGCCUGGGACGCCCCCCUCUCCAUCGCCCUGCUCUUCUUCUUGGCCACCUGUCUUCUCAUGACCUCCAGCUCCGCAGUAAUCCUCCUGCUCAACCUGAACACGCCCGUGGCCAAGUCUGCCGGAGGCCGCACCUGCCUCCUGAUGCUGGCAGCCCUGACUGCUGCUGCCAUGAGUUCUUUGUGCCAUUUUGGCCAGCCGUCUCCUCUGGCCUGCAUCCUCAAGCAGCCUCUAUUUAUCUUCAGCUUCACUGUGUGCCUGGCCUGCAUCGCUGUGCGCUCCCUCCAGGUCGUCUGCAUUUUUAAAUUUGCAUCCAAGCUGCCGCCGGCCUAUGACAAGUGGGCCAAAAAGCGGGGGCCAGAGUUCACCAUCUUCCUGGUGUCUUUGAUCAUACUGCUCAUUUCUGUGCUCCGUGUGGCCGUGAACGCCCCCCGGCCGUCCCAGGAUCUGGACUUCUACAAAGACAGCAUUGUGUUGGAGUGCAGUAACACCCUCUCACCUGGUGCAUGCAUUGAGCUUGCUUACGUUUCACUGCUCAGCUUCCUCUGCUUCUGUUUCAGCUACAUGGGCAAAGACCUGCCAGCCAACUACAACGAGGCCAAGUGUGUGACCUUCAGCCUCAUGGUGUACAUGAUCUCCUGGAUGAGCUUCUUCACCCUCUACCUCAUCAGCAGAGGCCCGUUCACCAUGGCUGCACAAGUGUUUGCCACGCUCUUCAGUGUCCUGGCCUUCUUCGGGGGCUACUUCCUGCCCAAAAUAUAUAUUAUUGUCUUGAAGCCGCAAAUGAACACCACAGCCCAUUUCCAAAACUGUAUUCAGAUGUAUACCAUGAGCAAAUAA